AUGAGUUUCGACAACUCUGCAUCUUCCAAGAGAGAUCUUGAAGCUACCAUGGUGAGGCUCCUGAUGCUGAUGCUGAUGCUUCACACAAUGCGCGAAGUCAGGGCAAUUAAGUGCCCUGCAGCUGAUCCAAUCCUUGUGCCCCAUGAAUGGGGCCAAGCAGGGGACCUCUUCAUUGGUGGAAUUGUUACUCAGAGCACCUACGUUUUUAAUGAACUUUCAUUCCAGGAACAUCCUUCUCGGGAGCUGUUUGACAUUCCACAUGUAACCACAAAGUUCUAUCAGAACAUCCUGGCCUUGGUGUUUGCCAUAAAGGAGAUCAAUGAUAAUCUGAAGAUCUUGCCCAAUGUCACCCUUGGUUUCCGCAUCUAUGACAGCUACUCAGAUGCGAGAAUGACCUAUCAAACCACUUUGAACCUUCUCUUCAAAUGGCAAAGAUUUCUCCCCAACUACAAAUGUGAAAUUCAGAAAAACCUCAUGGCUGUGAUUGGGGGACUGUCUUUUGACACCUCUAUCUACAUGGCAGAUGUCUUCAGACUCUACAGUGUUCCACAGCUCACCUAUGGCUCACUUGCUUCAGAGGAGAGUCAAUCAAUGCAGAAGUCUUUUUAUACCAUGGUCCCAAAUGAAGACCUUCAAUAUGUAGGGAUUAUCCGGUUACUUCAGUAUUUCAGAUGGAAGUGGGUUGGGCUCUUUGUUGCCAAAUAUGACAGUGGAGAACAAUUUAUGAGGAUCCUGGAGCCAUUGUUUUCCCAGAAUGGAAUCUGUUCAGCCUUCACAAAAAGAAUCUCAAUUCUACUUCAUGUAGAAGACAUGGGGAAAGUAUUUGCUGAAAUGGAUGGUAUUUAUGAAGCUCUCACAGAUGAAAAGGCCCAUACGCUUAUCAUCUAUGGAACAGAUGUGUCAAUUGCAUGGCUGAGAACUGCUGUCUUUAUAAUAGAUAAUAGACAUCAUCAAAAUGCAUCAUUUGGAAAGGUCUGGAUUGUGACAGCCCAGAUAGAUUUUGUAUCAUUCGGAGGUCAGAUGACCUGGGAUUUUCAGCUUUUCCAAGGUGCCCUUUCCUUUACAAUUCACUUAGGUGAGCUUCCAAAAUUCAACCAAUACCUUCAGAACAUCCAAACACACAGAACCAAAGCAGAUGGUUUUUGGAAGGAUUUCUGGGAGCAGGCAUUUAACUGUCUCUAUCCAGAUCCAGGUAUGCCUGUGACGGACGAUGACACAUGUACUGGAGAGGAGAGGCUGGAAAGUCUCCCUGCAGGUGUUUUUGAAAUGCACAUGACUGGGCAGAGCUACAGUAUCUAUAAUGCUGCCUAUGCUGUAGCUCAUGCAUUGCAUGCCAUUUCCUCAUCCAGAUCCCCGCACAGAGCAGUGACUGUUGGUGACAGUGUUGGAUCUCCAUCUCUGCAGCCUUGGGAGAGAGUGAAAGUUGGACGGGUGGAUCUCAGUGAUAGAGGAGAUAAAGAGUUAAUCAUCAAUGAGGACAAAAUUCUAUGGCACCAAAAUUUUAACCAGGUGCUUCCCUUAUCUUUGUGCAAUGAACCCUGCCGCUCUGGUCUUCAGAAGAAAACGAAGGAAGGGGAAAGGUUCUGUUGCUAUGAUUGUGCUCCAUGCCCAGAGGGGAAGAUUUCAAACCAGAUUGAUAUGGACGUAUGUUUCAAUUGCCCAGAAGAUCAAUAUCCAAACAAGAAGAGAAAUGGAUGCAUCCCCAAAGUUAUACACUUUUUGUCCUAUGAAGAACCUUUAGGGAUCACUUUAGCCUCACUUAGUGUCUUAUGUUCUCUGAUUACUGCUUUGGUGUUGGCUAUUUUUAUCCAGCACAAAGAUACCCCCAUAGUCAUAGCCAACAACCGAGAUCUCACCUACACUCUCCUGGUCUCCCUCCUGCUCUGCUUCCUCUCCUCUUUGCUUUUCCUCGGCAAACCUAGGAAACUUACAUGCCUUCUCCAACAGACUGCUUUUGGCAUCAUCUUCUCAGUUGCUGUUUCUUGUGUGUUGGCAAAGACCAUCAUUGUUUCUCUAGCAUUCAUAGCCACAAAGCCAGGAUCCAAGAUGAAGAAAUGGGUGGGAAAGAGACUGGCUCAUUCUAUUGUCCUUUCAGGUUCCCUCAUUCAAGUUGGUAUCUGUACUAUGUGGCUGACAAUGUCUCCCCCCUUCCCUGAUCUAGACAUGAAUUCAGUAGCUGAAGAAACCAUUGUGCUAUGUAACGUUGGGUCUGUCACCAUGUUCUAUUGUGUCUUGGGCUAUAUGGGCCUCUUGGCCCUCACCAGCUUCAUUGUGGCCUUCCUGGCCCGCAAGUUACCUGACAGUUUUAAUGAAGCCCAGUUCAUCACCUUCAGCAUGUUAGCAUUUUGCAGUGUAUGGAUCUCUUUUGUUCCAACCUACCUGAGCACAAGAGGGAAAAAUAUGGUGGCUGUGGAGAUCUUCUCCAUCUUGGCCUCCAGUGCUGGGUUACUGUGUUGUAUCUUUUCCCCGAAAUGCUACAUCAUUGUGUUGCGGCCUGAACUGAACAGCAGGGAUCAAAUAGUAAGAAAAAAGCAUUAG